AUGCCAAAGACAAUCAAUGCCCUGUUGUCUUUGAAGUCGGCAACGCCAGAGGAUCUCCUCGAUGAAGCGGGAACUGGAACUGACGCAGCAUCACCCAGACACAAGGACGUAUAUGACACUCAACCAGCCAAGAUACUUCAAAGAGGUCAAAGCUUCUUCGAAAGCAUAUAUGGAAAGAUAUCAAGACGCAUAAUGGGUCAACUAGAACGAUCAGGUACACCAGAUUUGGGUCUGCUGGCAAGAUUGACAUAUGGCUAUGUACUUAGUAACACUGAUGUACUAACACCAGCCGAGACCUCAUUUGUCCUUAUUGCCAGCCUUAUUCCACAGGAUGUCAACCCUCAACUCAAGGGACAUUUGCGAGGUGCGCUGAAUGGAGGCGCCAGCGAAGAUGAAGUGAGGGCCGUCAGGGACAUAGUAAUUAAGAUAUGUGAAGCUUCAGGGAUGAAGAAACUUGAAGAGAAUGCCAUUGGAGGAUGGGGUUGGAGGAGUGAAGUUGCGAAUGUCUAA